AUGGGGCACCCAGGCUCCUUGAUCUUCAACUCUACUGAGAAGACCUUGAAUCACCUGCUUAAGCCCUUGUUCAAGAACACCAGUAUUGGUUCUGGCUACUCCGGCUGCAGACUGACCUUGCUCAGGACUGAGAAGGACGGGGCAGCCACCAGAGUGGAUGCUGUCUGUACCUACCAUCCUGACCCCACGAGCCCUGGGCUGGACAGAGAGCAUUUGUACCAGGAACUGAGCCAGCUGACCCAUGACAUCACCCAGCUGGGGCCCUACACCCUGGACAGAAACAGCCUCCAUGUUAAUGGUUUCACCCAUCGAAGCUCUAUGCCCACCACCAGCACUCCUGGGACCUCCACAGCGGAUGUGGGAACCUCAGGGACUCCAUCCUCCAGCCCCAGCCCCACGACUGCUGGCCCUCUCCUGAUGCCAUUCACCCUCAACUUCACCAUCACCAACCUGCAGUACGAGGAGGACAUGCAUCACCCAGGCUCCAGGAAGUUCAACACCACGGAGAGCGUCCUGCAGGGUCUGCUCAAGCCCUUGUUCAAGAACACCAGUGUCGGCCCUCUCUACUCUGGCUGCAGAUUGACCUUGCUCAGGCCUGAGAAAGAUGGGGCAGCCACUGGAGUGGAUGUCAUCUGCACCUACCACCACCUUGACCCCAACAGCCCUGGACUCAACAGGGAGCAGCUGUACUGGGAGCUAAGCAGGCUGACCAAUGGCAUUGAAGAGCUGGGCCCCUACACCCUGGACAGGAACAGUCUCUAUGUCAAUGGUUUCACCCAUCAGAGCUCUGUGUCCACCACCAGCACUUCUGGGACCUCCACAGUGGACCUUGGGACCUCAGGGACUCCAUCCUCCCUCUCCAGCCCCACAACUGCUGGCCCUCUCCUGGUACCAUUCACCCUCAACUUCACCAUCACCAACCUGCAGUAUGGGGAGGACAUGGGUCACCCUGGCUCCAGGAAGUUCAACACCACAGAGAGGGUCCUGCAGGGUCUGCUUGGUCCCAUAUUCAAGAACACCGGUGUCGGCCCUCUGUACUCUGGCUGCAGACUGACCUCUCUUAGGUCCGAGAAGGAUGGAGCAGCCACUGGAGUGGAUGCCAUCUGCAUCCGCCAUCUUGACCCCAAAGGCCCUGGACUCAACAGAGAGCAGCUGUACUGGGAGCUGAGCCAACUGACCAAUGGCAUCAAAGAGCUGGGCCCUUACACCCUGGACAGUAACAGUCUCUAUGUUAAUGGUUUCACCCAUCAGAUCUCUGUGCCCACCACCAGCACUCCUGGGACCUCCACAGUGGACCUUGGAACCUCAGGGACUCCAUCCUCCCUCCCAAGCCCCACAACUGCUGGCCCUCUCCUGGUGCCGUUCACCCUCAACUUCACCAUCACCAACCUGAAGUAUGAGAAGGACAUGCAUCGCCCUGGCUCCAGGAAGUUCAACACCACGGAGAGGGUCCUGCAGAGUCUGCUUGGUCCUAUGUUCAAGAACACCAGUGUUGGCCUUCUGUACUCUGGCUGCAGACUGACCUUGCUCAGGUCCGAGAAGGAUGGAGCAGCCACUGGAGUGGAUGCCAUCUGCACCCACCAUCUUGACCCCAAAAGACCUGGAGUGGACAGGGAGCAGCUGUACUGGGAGCUGAGCCAGCUGACCAAUGGCAUCAAAGACCUGGGCCCCUACACCCUGGACAGGAACAGUCUGUAUGUCAAUGGUUUCACCCAUCGGACCUCUGUGCCCACCACCAGCACUCCUGGGACCUCUACAGUGGACCUUGGGUCAGGGACUCCAUCCUCCCUCCCCAGCCCCACAACUGCUGGCCCUCUCCUGGUGCCGUUCACCCUCAACUUCACCAUCACCAACCUGAAGUACGAGGAGGACAUGCAUCGCCCUGGCUCCAGGAAGUUCAACACCACGGAGAGGGUCCUGCAGAGUCUGCUUGGUCCCAUGUUCAAGAACACCAGUGUCGGCCCUCUGUACUCUGGCUGCAGACUGACUUUGCUCAGGUCCGAGAAGGAUGGAGCAGCCACUGGAGUGGAUGCCAUCUGCACCCACCAUCUUGACCCCAAAAGACCUGGAGUGGAGAGGGAGCAGCUAUACUGGGAGCUGAACCAGCUGACCAAUGGCAUCAAAGUCCUGGGCCCCUACACCCUGGACAGAAACAGUCUCUAUGUCAAUGGUUUCACCCAUCGGACCCCUGUGCCCACCACCAGCACUGCUGGCCCUCUCCUGGUGCCGUUCACCCUCAACUUCACCAUCACCAACCUGCAGUACGAGGAGGACAUGCAUCACCCAGGCUCCAGGAAGUUCAACACCACGGAGAGGGUCCUGCAGAGUCUGCUUGGUCCCAUGUUCAAGAACACCAGUGUCGGCCUUCUGUACUCUGGCUGCAGACUGACCUUGCUCAGGCCUGAGAAGAAUGGGGCAGCCACUGGAAUGGAUGCCAUCUGCACCCACCAUCUUGACCCCAAAAGCCCUGGACUCAACAGAGAGCAGCUGUACUGGGAGCUGAGCCAGCUGACCCAUGGCAUCAAAGAGCUGGGUCCCUACACCCUGGACAGGAACAGUCUCUAUGUCAAUGGUUUCACCCAUCGGAGCUCUGUGGCCCCCACCAGCACUCCUGGGACCUCCACAGUGGACCUUCGGACCUCAGGGACUCCAUCCUCCCUCCCCAGCUCCACAAUAGCUGUUCCUCUCCUGGUGCCAUUCACCCUCAACUUCACCAUCACCAAUCUGCAGUAUGGGGAGGACAUGCAUCACCCUGGCUCCAGGAAGUUCAACACCACAGAGAGGGUCCUGCAGGGUCUGCUUGGUCCCUUGUUCAAGAACUCCAGUGUCGGCCCUCUGUACUCUGGCUGCAGACUAAUCUCUCUCAGGUCUGAGAAGGAUGGGGCAGCCACUGGAGUGGAUGCCAUCUGCACCCACCACCUUAACCCUCAAAGCCCUGGACUAGACAGGGAGCAGCUGUACUGGGAGCUGAGCCAGAUGACCAAUGGCAUCAAACAGCUGGGCCCCUACACCCUGGACUGGAACAGUCUCUAUGUCAAUGGUUUCACCCAUCGGAGCUCUGGGCCCACCACCAGCACUCCUUGGACUUCCACAGUGGACCUUGGAACCUCAAGGACUCCAUCCCCCAUCCCCAGCACCACAACUGCUGGCCCUCUCCUGGUGCCAUUCACCCUCAACUUCACCAUCACCAACCUGCAGUAUGAGGAGGACAUGCAUCGCCCUGGAUCUAGGAAGUUCAACACCACAGAGAGAGUCCUGCAGGGUCUGCUUAGUCCCAUAUUCAAGAACUCCAGUGUUGGCCUUCUGUACUCUGGCUGCAGACUGACCUCUCUCAGGCCCGAGAAGGAUGGGGCAGCAACUGGAAUGGACGCUGUCUGCUUCUACCACCCUAAUCCCAAAAGACCUGGGCUGGACAGAGAGCAGCUGUACUGGGAGCUGAGCCAGCUGACCCACAGCAUCACUGAGCUGGGCCCCUACACCCUGGACAGGGACAGUCUCUGUGUCAAUGGUUUCACCCAUCAGAACUCUGUGCCUACCACCAGUACUCCUGGGACUUCCACAGUGUACCAGGCAACCACUGGGACUCCAUCCUCCCUCCCCGGCCACACAGCCCCUGGCCCUCUCCUGAUACCAUUCACCCUCAACUUUACCAUCACCAACCUGCAUUAUGAGAAAAACAUGCAAUACCCUGGUUCCAGGAAGUUCAACACCACGGAGAGGGUUCUACAGGGUCUGCUCAAGCCCUUGUUCAAGAACACCAGUGUUGGCCCUCUGUACUCUGGCUGCAGACUGACCUUGCUCAGACCUGAGAAGGAUGGGGCAGCCACUGGAGUGGACACCAUCUGUACCCAUCGCCUUGAUCCCACCGAUCCUGGACUGGACAAAGAGCGGCUAUACUGGGAGCUGAGCCAGCUGACCAACAGCAUCACAGAGCUGGGCCCCUACACCCUGGACAGGGACAGUCUCUAUGUCAAUGGCUUCAACCCUCGGAGCUCUGUGCCAACCACCAGCACCCCUGUCCCUCUCUUGAUACCAUUCACCCUCAACUUUACCAUCACCAACCUGCAUUAUGAAGAAAACAUGCAACACCCUGGUUCCAGGAAGUUCAACACCACGGAGAGGGUUCUGCAGGGUCUGCUCAAGCCCUUGUUCAAGAGCACCACUGUUGGCCCUCUGUACUCUGGCUGCAGACAGACCUUGCUCAGACCUGAGAAGGAUGGGGCAGCCACUGGAGUGGACGCCAUCUGCACCCUCCGCCUUGAUCCCACCGGUCCUGUACUGGACAGAGAGCGGCUAUACUGGGAGCUGAGCCAGCUGACCAACAGCAUUACAGAGCUGGGCCCCUACACCCUGGACAGGGACAGUCUCUAUGUCAAUGGAUUCACCCAUCAGAGCUCUGUGCCAACCACCAGUAUUCCUGGGACCUCUGCAGUGCACCUGGAAACCUCUGGGACUCCAGCCUCCCUCCCUGGCCACACAGCCCCUGGCCCUCUCCUGGUGCCAUUCACCCUCAACUUCACUAUCACCAACCUACAGUAUGAGGAGGACAUGCGUCACCCUGGUUCCAGGAAGUUCAACACCACAGAGAGAGUCCUGCAGGGUCUGCUCAAGCCCUUGUUCAAGAGCACCAGUGUCGGCCCUCUGUACUCUGGCUGCAGACUGACCUUUCUCAGGCCUGAGAAACAUGGGGCAGCCACUGGCGUGGACACCAUCUGCACUCACCGCUUUGACCCUCUAAACCCUGGACUGGACAGAGAGCAGCUAUACUGGGAGCUAAGCAAACUGACCCAUGGCAUCACUGAGCUGGGCCCCUACCUCCUGGACAGAGGCAGUCUCUAUGUCAAUGGUUUCACCCAUCGGAACUUUGUGCCCAUCACCAGCACUCCUGGGACCUCCACAGUAUACCUAGGAACCUCUGAAAAUCCAUCCUCCCUACCUAGACCCAUAGUGCCUGGCCCUCCCCUGGUGCCAUUCACCCUCAACUUCACCAUCACCAACUUGCAGUAUGAGGAGGCCAUGCGACACCCUGGCUCCAGGAGGUUCAAUACCACAGAGAGGGUCCUACAGGGUCUGCUCGGGCCCUUGUUCAAGAAUACCAGUAUCGGCCCUCUGUACUCCAGCUGCAGACUGACCUUGCUCAGGCCAGAGAAGGACAAGGCAGCCACCAGAGUGGAUGCCAUCUGUACCCACCGCCCUGACCCUCAAAGCCCUGGACUGAACAGAGAGCAGCUGUACUGGGAGCUGAGCCAGCUGACCCACGGCAUCACUGAGCUGGGCCCCUACACCCUGGACAGAGACAGUCUCUAUGUCAAUGGUUUCACCCAUCAGAGCUCCAUGAUGACCACCAGAACUCCUGAUACCUCCACAAUGUACCUGGCAACCUCGAGAACUCCAGCCUCCCUGUCUGGACCCACGACCACCAGCCCUCUCCUGGUGCUAUUCACAAUUAACUUUACCAUCACUAACCUGUGGUAUGAGGAGAACAUGCAUCACCCUGGCUCUAGAAAGUUUAACACCACAGAGAGAGUCCUUCAGGGUCUGCUCAGGCCUGUGUUCAAGAACACCAGUGUUGGCCCUCUGUACUCUGGCUGCAGACUGGCCUUGCUCAGGCCCAAGAAGGAUGGGGCAGCCACCAAAGUGGAUGCCAUCUGCACCUACCGCCCUGAUCCCAAAAGCCCUGGACUGGACAGAGAGCAGCUAUACUGGGAGCUGAGCCAGCUGACCCACAGCAUCACUGAGCUGGGCCCCUACACCCUGGACAGGGACAGUCUCUAUGUCAAUGGUUUCACACAGCGGAGCUCUGUGCCCACCACUAGCACUCCUGGGACCUCCACAGUGGACCUGGGAACAUCUGGGACUCCAGUUUCUAAACCUGGUCCCUCGGCUGCCAGCCUUCUCCUGAUGCCGUUCACUCUCAACUUCACCAUCACCAACCUGCAGUAUGAGGAGAACAUGCAGCACCCUGGCUCCAGGAAGUUCAACACCACGGAGAGGGUCCUUCAGGGCCUGCUCAGGUCCCUGUUCAAGAGCACCAGUGUUGGCCCUCUGUACUCUGGCUGCAGACUGACUUUGCUCAGGCCUGAGAAGGAUGGGACAGCCACUGGAGUGGACGCUGUCUGCACCCACCACCCUGACCCCAAAAGCCCUAGGCUGGACAGAGAGCAGCUGUAUUGGGAGCUGAGCCAGCUGACCCACAAUAUCACUGAGCUGGGCCCCUAUGCCCUGGACAACGACAGCCUCUUUGUCAAUGGUUUCACUCAUCGGACCUCUGUGCCCACCACCAGCACUCCUGGCACCCCCACAGUGUAUCUGGGAGCAUCUAGGACUCCGGUCUCGAUAUUUGGCCCUUCAGCUGCCAGCCAUCUCCUGAUACCAUUCACCCUCAACUUCACCAUCACUAACCUGCGGUAUGAGGAGAAUAUGUGGCCUGGCUCCAGGAAGUUCAACACUACAGAGAGGGUCCUUCAGGGUCUGCUAAGGCCCUUGUUCAAGAACACCAGUGUUGGCCAUCUGUACUCUGGCUGCAGGCUGACCUUGCUCAGGCCGGAGAAGGAUGGGGAAGCCACUGGAGUGGAUGCCAUCUGCACCCACCGCCCUGACCCCACAGGCUCUGGGCUGGACAGAGAGCAGCUGUAUUUGGAGCUGAGCCAGCUGACCCACAGCAUCACUGAGCUGGGCCCCUACACACUGGACAGGGACAGUCUCUAUGUCAAUGGUUUCACCCAUCGGAGCUCUGUACCCACCACCAGCACCGGGGUGGUCAGUGAGGAGCCAUUCACACUGAACUUCACCGUCAACAACCUGCGCUACAUGGCGGACAUGGGCCAACCCGGCUCCCUCAAGUUCAACAUUACAGACAACGUCAUGCAGCACCUGCUCAGUCCUUUGUUCCAGAGGAGCAGCCUGGGUGCACAGUACACAGGCUGCAGGGUCAUCGCACUAAGGUCUGUGAAGAGCGGCGCUGAGACACGGGUGGACCUCCUCUGCACCUACCUGCAGCCCCUCAGUGGCCCAGGUCUGCCUAUCAAGCAGGUGUUCCAUGAGCUGAGCCAGCAGACCCACGGCAUCACCCGGCUGGGCCCCUACUCUCUGAACAAAGACAGCCUCUACCUUAACGGUUAUAAUGAACCUGGUCCAGAUGAGCCUCCUACAACUCCCAAGCCAGCCACCACAUUCCUGCCUCCUCUGUCAGAAGCCACAACAGCCAUGGGGUACCACCUGAAGACCCUCACACUCAACUUCACCAUCUCCAAUCUCCAGUAUUCACCAGAUAUGGGCAAGGGCUCAGCUACAUUCAACUCCACCGAAAGGGUCCUGCAGCACCUGCUCAGACCCUUGUUCCAGAAGAGCAGCAUGGGCCCCUUCUACUUGGGUUGCCAACUGAUCUCCCUCAGGCCUGAGAAGGAUGGGGCAGCCACUGGCGUGGACACCUCCUGCACCUACCACCCUGACCCUGUGGGUCCCGGGCUGGACAUACAGCAGCUUUACUGGGAGCUGAGUCAGCUGACCCAUGGUGUCACCCAACUGGGCUUCUAUGUCCUGGACAGGGAUAGCCUCUUCAUCAAUGGCUAUGCACCCCAGAAUUUAUCAAUCCGGGGCGAGUACCAGAUAAAUUUCCACAUUGUCAACUGGAACCUCAGUAAUCCAGACCCCACAUCCUCAGAGUACAUCACCAUGCUGAGGGACAUCCAGGACAAGGUCACCACACUCUACAAAGGCAGUCAACUACAUGACAAGUUCCGCUUCUGCCUGGUCACCAACUUGACGAUGGACUCUGUGUUGGUCACUGUCAAGGCAUUGUUCUUCUCCAAUCUGGACCCCGGCCUGGUGGAGCAAGUCUUUCUAGCUAAGACCCUGAAUGCCUCAUCCCAUUGGCUGGGCUCCACCUACCAGUUGGUGGACAUCCAUGUGACAGAAAUGGAGUCAUCAGUUUAUCAACCAACAAGCAGCUCCAGCACCCAGCACUUCUACCUGAAUUUCACCAUCACCAACCUACCAUAUUCCGGGGACAUGGCCCAGCCAGGCACCACCAAUUACCAGAGGAACAAAAGGAAUAUUGAGGACGCGCUCAACCAACUCUUCCAAAACAGCAGCAUCAAGAGUUAUUUUUCUGACUGUCAAGUUUCAACAUUCAGGUCUGUCCCCAACAGCGACCACACUGGGGUGGACUCCCUGUGUAACUUCUCGCCACUGGCUCGGAGAGUAGACAGAGUUGCCAUCUAUGAGGAAUUCCUGCGGAUGACCCGGAAUGGUACCCAGCUGCAGAACUUCACCCUGGACAGGAGCAGUGUUCUUGUGGAUGGGUAUUCUUCCAACAAAAAUGAGCUCUUAACUGGGAAUUCUGACUUUCCCUUCUGGGCCGUCAUCCUCAUUGGCUUGGCAGGACUCCUGGGACUCAUCACAUGCCUGAUCUGCGGUGUCCUGGUGACCACCCGCCGGCAGAAGGAAGGAGAAUACAACGUCCAGCAACAGUGCCCAGGCUACUACCAGUCACACCUAGACCUGAAGGAUCUGCAAUGACUGGAACUUACCAGUGCCUGGGGUCCCUUUCCCCCAGCCAGGGUCCAAAGAAGCUUGGCUGGGGCAGAAAUAAACCAUAUUGCUCGGACAC